UUGGAAGAAAAAGUUGCUAGGGUAGUCUGAAAAGACUACAAAAUUGCUAAGUUGGCAACACUGGGAACACGUCCAUCUCUCACAAUGGAGGCGCGAUAGCAAUGAACUACAUUUCCCGAGUCAAUGCGAGGCGUGCGUCGUGACGUCAGCGCGGCUGCUGUCAGUCAGACAAAGACAGUCAGUCAGUCAGUCAGUCAGUCAGGGCGAGUCUUCCUCACAACAUCACAUAAAAUAUCAUCUUCGUCGCCUGACAGAGCACAUUAAAUGAUCUGCUGCGCUGAGAGUUUGUGUGUUUUCCUCAUUCCAGAAUGUCUCACUACACAGAUGAGCCACGCUUCACCAUCGAACAGAUCGACCUGCUCCAGAGACUGCGGCGUACAGGUAUGACCAAACCCGAGAUCGUGCACACGUUGGACACCCUGGAGCGACUCGACCGCGAGCACGGGGACAAAUACAGCCGGCGCGGCCCGUCGGACUCCAACGCCACCAACAGCACCACCUCCAGCACUACACCCACCUCAAAUAGCACUAGCAACGCCACCAUGGCGACCUCCUCCACCACUUCCACAGCAACGCAAACGCAGUUCCACGGUAAUUUAUCACCGUCGCCCAGCAACAGUUACGCCACGUCUCCACCCGCCGUCUUACCCUCGCUGGUCUCUCUGGUCGCCAUGGCGCAGAACGGGCGGGACGCUUUGGCGGCGACACCCAAUGGGAAACUGUCACCGAACCGUUACCCGGUGAACAGUGCGGCAGCCGUGAGGUCGUACGGGCUGGAGGGGUCAGAGGAGGACCUGGAUAUAGAUGACAAGGUGGAGGAGCUCAUGAGGCGAGACAGCACCCUGGUGAAGGAGGAAAUCAAAGCCUUUCUGGGCAACAGACGCAUCUCACAGGCUGUGGUGGCUCAGGUCACAGGCAUCAGUCAGAGCAGAAUCUCUCACUGGCUCCUCCAGCAGGGCUCAGAUCUCAGUGAACAGAAGAAACGAGCUUUCUAUCGCUGGUACCAGCUGGAGAAGACAACGCCAGGUGCCACAUUAAAUAUGCGUCCCACCCCUGUAUCUCUGGAUGAGAUGGAGUGGCAUCAGACUCCGCCCCCCAUAAGCUCUGCCCCUGGAAGCUUCCGUUUGCGCAGAGGCAGUCGAUUCACCUGGAGGAAGGAAUGUCUCGCUGUGAUGGAGAGCUAUUUCAGUGAUAAUCAAUAUCCAGAUGAAGCCAAACGAGAGGAGAUCGCCAACGCCUGCAACGCUGUUAUUCAGAAACCAGGAAAGAAGUUGUCUGACUUGGAAAGAGUCACAUCAUUGAAAGUCUACAAUUGGUUUGCCAACCGACGCAAAGAGAUCAAGAGGAGGGCCAAUAUUGGGUCUUUUUUCCAAGAAGCCACAAUCUUGGAGAGUCACGGGAUCGAUGUGCAGAGUCCUGGAGGACACUCCAACAGUGACGACGUCGAUGCUAACGACUACAACGAGCAGGGUUGUGAUGUUUCCUAUUUUGAAAAGAGAGGCAUGAACCGACCUUUUGGUUACUACCGUCUGGAGCCCACCUCACCAACACAGGAUGAUGCUGGCAAUCACGCAGACCACCAGGACCCCAUCUCUCUUGCCGUGGAGAUGGCAGCUGUCAAUCACAGCAUCCUCGCCCUGUCCCGCCCGGGAGGCGUGGCCAGUGAAAUCAAAACAGAGUCACUGGAUGAUGACUGAGGAAGACCGUGGGACGAAGAGGAUCAAUGAGUGCGUGUGUAGAUGUCUCCAGACGUGUUUAUGGAGCAAUGACCAAAUCAAUGCUCUGUCUCAAGCUUUUAGAAUCUAAUAUCGCCUGCUAUCGACACUCCUGUUGAACCACUUAUCAAGCCCAGAGUCAAUGACACACACUCUCGACAGGAACUGACAAGUGUGAGGUCGUUCCACGAUGUUCGGCCAUCACCUACAGCUCUUAUUUAAGCCUCCCGAACCCUGGCUGACCCAAACCCCGUACCUCAUUCCAGUUCCAGUACCUUGUAUAAUGUUUCGUGUGCUUCCUGUCUGUGUGCUCCAGUGACCCUCAUUCCUUCAUUCUCACAGAUAAGCUAAAGGCAGAUAGUUUAAGAGAGAGGUGAGUCUGAUUUCUGCUUUGAAUCCAUGAUCUUCCUCCAUUCCCGCUACAGAUGCUCUCAGUUAACAGGUUUAAUGUCUCUACUUUACUUUUGUACGGUAUUUCAUCAAACAGCAAUUGGGUGAAUCUCAUGAAAACUGUCAAAAAUGUGUCUCGACACAAAAUGAA